AUGCAGUCAACUCUGUGUCUUCCGGUCCCGUCCCGAAGCCUUUUACGAUUCCUUCGGUAUCAGUCCAAGAGGGCCUUCGCGAGCGCAAAUCAUGGUCGAGACACAAUAACUACUCCAGCUUUAUGCUGCCGCGCUCGAUCAUUGACCACUCUGGCGACACGAAAGCAAUCCUUAGCAUUGACUACGAUAUGCGAAAGACGAGUCACAAGACUAGAACCAUCACCACUCUUCGACACAGACCCUGUUACUCCAAGGUUUCAAAACCGAAACCAACCUUGGACACCACAAAGCUGCUUCAGCACGAGCCGCAAUGCGCGUGGUUUCUGGAGAGGCCGGAAUUCGAACUCAAGUUACACGCCGACAUGGAAUAGCUUUUUCAGGUUCGCAGGAAAGAAGGACGACAAGGCUCUGAAGCCAGACGACCUCCCAAACCAUGACGAGUAUGGCGACAACUCGUCUAUUUUCAAUAAUCGACGAACACUUGCAGCCAAGGCGGCAUCCGAACCCCGCCUGCGUUGCACGGAAGUUGACGAGAAUGGAAGAGUGAUUCUUGUCGACGGGGAGUUCAAGAAGACUGAGCUCAUUGCCAAGUUUGGCCUGCUGCCCCGGGAUUUGCGAAAAAUCGAUUCUUCCAACCUACCUCACAUCCUCAUUCGCCCUUCGGCCAUCUUGCUCAAUUUGCUUCAUCUCAAAGUGUUAAUCAAACAUGACCGAGUCCUCCUCUUCGAUAUCUACGGUUCCAAGACGUCAUAUCCCCAAUCGGCCUUCAUGUACGACUUGCAAGGAAAGCUGCAACAAAAGAAUGCUCCGGGAUCAGCCUCUCUUCCCUACGAGUUCCGUGCGCUAGAAGCAGUGCUGACUUCGGUAACGUCCGAGCUUGAGGCUGACUUUGAGGCGGUACGUGAGCCCGUCAUGCACAUUCUCAGCGAACUUGAAGACGACAUUGAUAGACACAAGCUGCGCAUGCUUCUUAUCUUGUCUAAACGAGUGAGCACUUUCGAACAGAAGGCCAAGCUCGUCAGAGAUGCAAUUGAGGAUCUCCUUGAAGCUGAUGACGAUCUUGCCGACAUGUAUUUGACUGAGAAGACCCAUGACUUGUAUCGAGGAGAGGAUGACCAUACGGAGGUCGAAAUGCUCUUGGAGUCAUACCACAAACUGACGGACGAAAUUGUGCAAGAAGCCGGCAACCUUGUCUCUGGCAUCCGAAACACGGAAGAAAUCGUUCGUGCUAUUCUAGAUGCCAAUCGUAACGCUCUCAUGUUGCUCGACCUCAAGUUCAGCGUUGGGACCUUGGGCUUGGCAAUGGGAACAUUUUUGGCUGGCCUCUACGGCAUGAACCUGGAAAACUUUAUCGAGGAGACCAACUGGGGCUUCGCUGGCGUCACCGGAGUUUCAGUCGUCUUCUCGCUUAUCGUGUGCUGGUACGGCCUUACCAAGCUCCGCCGUGUACAGCGUAUCAAGAUGAUGGACGACGAGCGACCGGCGAUCGCCCGCGGACAGGCCUAUUUCCCCGAUGAUCGAUCAGCGUUGGGACUUCUUGAUAACAGGAACCGCGAGAUGCUACGUCGAAUCAACAUGCAGAAGGCCGUAUCUCAGCAGAAGAAGAAGUGGCUGUGA